GUGAACAAUGGGGCACUGGAUUAACAGCAUUCAGUCCAAUUUACAUGGAAACAGUGAAUAAAUCCGUUUAUUGUGAAAUAUACCGAGGUUCUUCUGAAUAACGGCCUGAUUAUUCUUAAAUUGCCCUGAGCUGGAAAUGGGUAAUUUUCCAGCUAUUAUCUUAUUAGUUUGUUUCAUCGGUACUUCUGGUGAAAAUUUGUUAAGUAACAAAGAGGAUUCAUUGAAUGAGAUAUUGACCGUCGAGUCUAAAUUACAAAAUAAUGGCGCUGCUUUGGAGCACGACAGAUUUGCCCGGCACGCAGAAGUGGUAGUAACAGUGACAGAAUCAAUAAUCAAACACCUCAUGAAAGAACUCGGUCGACGCUACCCCCAGGCAAAGAGACAACCCAAGUCAUUAAAGAAGGUCAUCAGAAACCUCAAGCAGAAACUUGAGAACUAUGUCCACGCGCAGAAACCACUACGCACGAGACCACCUGAAAGCAGUAAUGGAAAGAAAGGAAGAAAAGGAAAGAAAGGAAGAAAAACGAAAAGGAUACGUAAAGUAAAGAAAAAUAAAAAGAAACUUCGUGUGUUCGAUAAAGUUUACAAUGAAAUAUGAUUAUGAUUAGAGAAAAUUUUCAAAAGAAGAAAAAAAA